AUGCAGCCAGAGCCUUUCGCUAUGCUAUCCCUAUCGGAAGCUCACAACCAGUCUUCUACUCGUCAAACCUUCUUCCAUCAUCCAGUUUCUCUCUUCAGUUCCAUCAAGACCUUAGCACCGCCUGAUCUCAUCACCAAUAUGCAGCUCUCUUACCUUCUGGCUCUCCUUGGAGCUUCAAGGAUUGCCUGGGCCGUCCCUGUCGCAAACAAUGACCAAGUCGAGUCAGCCUCUGGCGAUCUUGAAGAACGCUUCUACUACACCCAUUACGACCCCAAGAAGCGUGAUGAAGAGCUCGAGAAGCGGUUCUACUACACCAAAUACGACCUUGAGAAGCGUGAUGGAGAUGUCGACAAGCGGUUCUUCUACACCCAUUACGACCCAAAGAAGCGUGAUGAAGAGCUCGAGAAGCGGUUCUACUACACCAAAUACGACCUUGAGAAGCGUGAUGAAGAUCUCGACAAGCGGUUCUUCUACACCCAUUACGACCCAAAGAAGCGUGAUGAAGAUCUGGAGAAGCGAUUCUACUACACCAAAUACGACCUUGAGAAGCGUGAUGAGUGA